AUGGCUACAUACACUCAACAACAAACAUCAUCAUUGAGGAAUGUUCUAGCCACUGACACUGCACAGAUACAGACCUCAAAUCCAGCAGAGCAUUCCACUGCUCUCCCUCCAAGCUCAGUAAGCAAGAAAACCUACUCAACCAUUUUCACCCUCCCCCAUAUCGGCCGGGAACUACAUCCACAAGAACUCAUUCACGCACGAAUUUUACCAAGAGCUGAGUCUUCCACCACCAAGAACAACAACUACAGCCUCUACACUGAUGAUUUCACGGCAAGCAGCAAACAAGCCGACACAAACCCGGAGUACAGCAUCUCCAACCUCCUCCAAAAACUGACUACAUUUUUUACAAAAAUUUUCCCCCGCUCCAACACUACCAAAAAUCCCGCUGCAGCCACCGCCCCCAACACCCCAGGUAGUCCCCAGAACCACCCCCACGAACCUACCUUCCCCUCCUUCCUCCUCCCCUACGCCCCCGCACCCUCCUCUUGCCCAUCCUCUUCUUGCUCCUCCGGCGAAGAAAGCGAUAAGGAAUCCCCUCGCCAGAAGCAGAAGCAAAAGCCAAAGCAAAGAAGGUGCUGGGUUGGUCGCCCCCGAGGCGCAAUUUUACGACCAAGAGAUCGAUAUUAUGCACGGGGACUAUGCGAUAAACACGGGAGUGAAGUGUUGUUUUUGGAGAAUAUGCGGAUUCAUCAUGGGUCGAAAAGGGAGGAGGGGGAGAGGUGGCAUGCGUGGAGGUGUGGGUGA